GGCCACAGAGGCUGCCCCAGCCCCAGCGAGGUCAAAGUGGAAACAUCCUCUGUAGCCAGUCCCAAAGGCAACCAUGCCAGGCCUUCACAGAAACCUGUGCACUCGGUGCCUAUGAGCAGAGGGAAGGAGCUUCUGCAGAAGGCCAUCACAAAGCAGGGGAGCAGCAGCGGAAGAGGCAGUGGGAACAGCAGCAGCCUCCUGACCAAUGCCCGCUCCUGGGGAGUAAGGGUCCUGCAUGUGGACGAAAUGAUGAUGCACGUGCAGCAGCUGUCCCAUGGUCCUUCAUGUGUAAAGAAACAAGAACCGAAGCAGCAGGAGGGAACACGUCCAGGAGUGGAGUCAAGAACACGGAAAGUGGCCAGACUAAAGGCACCAUUCCUCAAAAUCGAAGAUGUGAGCAUGAAGUUUCGUCCUUUCCACCAUCAGUUUAAAUCCUUUCCUGAAAUUUCUUUUCUGGGACCCAAAGAUGCAAGUCCCUUUGAGACCCUGACAACCCCGGGCAGCUCACACUGUACCAGAGAACUGAAGGACCAAGAGCCAAGCGUUCAGUCAGCUGUGUGCACCAUGCCCAGGAGGAGGAAGGGCUACUGCGAGUGCUGCCGGGGGGCCUUUGAGGAUCUGCAUGUGCAUCUUCAGAGUGCCCAGCACCAAGCCUUUGCCCUAGAAGCCCAUUCAUAUGCAGAAGUUGAUCGGAUCAUCUCCCAGCUCAGCCACAGCUUUAUAGAAGUCCCCUCCCAGGCCAGCCUCCCCAGGCAGUCAGAUUCCACAGCUUCUGAAUGUGACGCUCUCCAUCCUGACACUUUGUCCCCAAGCCAACCCUCCCCUCCCAGGGUAGCAUCUCCUGGGAUGAGGAAAGAAGAUGACUGCCAGGCCCCAGGUACCCCAGAGCAGGAUGGAAUGGUGGACAACGUGGAAGCAUCAUCUGAGCCUGCAGGGACCAGCCAGGUACCUGGACCACUAGCAAGUUGCCAGGAGCUAGGGGGACCAAUUGAUGUGCUUGUGGACCCUUCAAGAACACCAGUUUCCAGGAUCCCCACUUACCAGCACCUCCUGCCCAGCUCUGAUUUUAUGGACCUCUCCUCUGGCCUGGACCUGGCAUCUGUUGGUCACAAGCGGAAGAUUCAGUUCCCCAGCAGCAUCACUGAGAAGAGGCCAAAUGCCUCAUUUCUUGUAUCUGGAGCCGCCAGCCCCUGUGGCCCCAGGACAGCUGAUAGCAGGCAUCUUCUCUCCCUUCCUCUUCCCAGCUGUGAAUCUAAGCCCCGAGCCUCCCUCCAGCCCUUUUGCCACACACAGGCCUGCUGCUCCCUCCCAGACCCCUUACCCUGGCAGUCCACAGACAGACCAGUUGAGUUUUGGACCACACAACCCCCCUGGCCUGGGAGAGAAUGGCUCCUGGGACCUGAGGAUUCUGAGUGUACAGCCCCUGGUCCUAUACCCCAGCAGACUGACCAGCCCCCUAGCUGUCCCACAGGCCCCAACCAGCUGCGGGCCCACUUGCACUCCCCCGUGGGAGGGCCUGCAGGGAGCCAGGCCACCUCACUUCCCCAUCCUCGGCCAGUCAGCAUGGGAGCCAGCUGCUCCAGAUGGUUCUGGGCCCCUUCAUCUUUCCAAGUGCCUUGUCUCCCUGUCUCCCAGGCCCAGCCCUCACCCAGAGCUGCUUCUGUGAGUCCCUAGGUUUUCACACAACCAGCCAGCUCCAGCCCGCAGAGCCACAGAUCUAAGUUCUACCUUGCUUGGUGUUAUACACCUGGCCAGGACCAGCCAAGACCAGGGGAGUGGAGCCCUAGGUCUGGUCUUUGAGGUACAAGUAAGUAGCUAUGCCCAGUCUUGUGGAGCCCACAGAGCAGACCUCCUGCCUGCAGGUUUGGGGGAAGGACCGAGAGCCUUAGGCUAGGGGCUGCUCUCUCCUGCCUCUACCUCCAGCCAUGGCCAGUCCCACACCCAGAGGCGGAGGCAAGACUGGCAUAGGGAAGGAACCAUGAAGAAGCUGGGGUGGCAGGAGGCCUGCUGGCCCAGCAUCCAGGCUCUCUCCAGGCUCUUGUCUCUUACAGAGCAGAGGGUUAGUUGUUGGUGUUCCCCACCCCCACCCAGCCUCCUUUCCCACAAGCAUGUGGUCUCUCCUGCCUGUGCGUGUCCCCUCCCCCAGCCCCCCACGCUCACACAGAUCCUCAGGAACAUAUGAAGCAGAGGAGGGGCCCAGGCUGCAGCACUGCAGUGCUCCCUCCCCCAUGCACUUAUUCGGGCCCAGCACUGACCUUUCCCCUGAGCCCAGGAUGUGGCCAUAGCCCUCUUUGGGGACCCUUCAGCUCUCCUCUGCAGCCUCAGCUCAAGCUGCCCACCCGGAGUUCUGCUGUUCCAGGGUCAGUGUCUCACCUGCCAACUUCUGCAUCUCCCUCUUCCCUCCCUCCUUCCCCAAGGACCUCCCCCCAUUUCUUACUGCCAAGCCAUUAAUCUGGAGACAGAAAUGGGUUUGCUAUCGAUUCUUUGGCCACUUUUUUUUUUUUUAUUACAAUUUGUACUGUGGUUCUUCUCACCCUUCUGCCUUUGUGUGUUUGUCUCUUUAAAUGUUGAAGCUCCCUGAAGCCUGGUGCUAUUCUGUGUCUCCUUUCAGAGGAAGAAAGGGGGGCCUAGCUGCGGGUGAAGACCUGAGUUGUUAGUUUGGAAAUAGAGCAACUGUGUGCAGCCCUCCUUAGAGGCCCUGUUUGGCCUUUUUAUGCCAUUCCUGUUAAAUUUCACAAUUCAUCUUGAUUUGGGAAAUGUAAAUAAAUUUGUUAAAUAGCAAA